UAGCCAUGUGACAAGGCUGCAUCCUGGUUUGCAGCAUCAUGGUAGCCAGCCAGGCCCGCGCAGCCGGAGUAGCCAAGUCAGGGGAGCGGGAGGGGAAAAAAUUAUAUAAAAGUGAAACAACGAAUCCCAAUCCCAUAUCCCGACUCAUGCAGUGAGCGGGAGGGGAGGGGCGGAGCGGGGGAGGGGGUGUUUUUGGCAGGAAGCGUAGGCCGCAUGGGCGCUUUGGCUGUGAUUCAGUCGCUGCGUGACGUAGUGGAAUAAGUAGUGUGGCAGGGUCUUAUGAAGUUAUGGUGGUGUGUGGGUUUGUGGGAUAUCAGGAGGGACUGAGAGGUACCGCGCGUGCGUAGCGGAAGCGGGCUGGUAGUGGCGGCCGUUGCGGGCGCUGCGGUGGGCGUACAGGGUUAUGAUAAGUACUGUAACUAGGGUCAACCAGAUAUUGGGGACGAACCUUCCUUAUUCUCAGAUGCUGAGCACUUGUCCUAUACGCCGUACGGACCCCAUGGGUUUCAGAAGAUUUCUCUUGUCUUCGGAGCAAUCCGUCUGACUUGCCUCAAUCUCCACGGCCACAGCCCGCGACUAGCAGUCACUGAUUAUGAGUGCAUUUGCAUAUGGAUAUCAAAUCAUGUGCAGGCAGUCAGAGCAGACAAUCAGUGCUGUGAUUGCUGUCAACAUGUCGAACGUCAUGGGUGAGCUACUCGGCGGGGUGGCUAACUGGCCUAACUGACCGGUAACUUUUUACUACUGAAUAUGCUCUGGUGGAAAUUUGCAAGCGAGCUACCUCUAUCAGCGUACCACGUUCAUAGCGCUGCAAGAGCUGUCAGGAAAAGGAAUUGACCUUGGCCGGUUCCGAAAGAACUGGAACGAUAGUUGCCACGGGGCGUCAACUUCAGUAGCAGGUUUAGCAAAACGCGCAAAUCAUCAAGCAAAACGCUCAAACUUGGCUGCUAGUUACGGUAAUUGGGCUUUGCGCUGCGCUGAUGGUAAAAAAAUUUGCCGAGCUGACGAAUUGGUCUACACGUUGCAGCUUGGAAGCGAUACACCGUAGCAAUGCUAAAACCAUGCCAAGGAAUAUUAUACCAUGAAUAAGCUGUGCACGUCGAAACUAGAGCUCCCGACUCGACGUACGGCCCGCUAGCCAGUGCCACGUCCCUGAGCCACAUCUCUCCCUCUCCCAGCACCACCCAUCCAUCUUGGGGCCGCCACCACAAGCUGCCCCCGCCUGUGGACUGCACUACACAGCGCCUAAACACCCUCAGCAGCGGCUGCGACACCAAUGACAGCUUCUGCACCCUCUCCCGAGCCCGCCUCUCCACCUCUCAACAGCCCAGGGGGUGCCCACCUCGCCAGCAAAUCAAACGCACCGUUGCUGCGGGUGCAGCUGCCCGGCGGAUAUCGCCUGCAGCGGCUGCUGGCCAGGACGCAUUUCUCCUCCGUCUGGCUGGCCGCACCAUCGCCGCCAUCACCACCGGCAUCGGCGGAGGAGGCACAAGCAGGCGUACGAUGGGACGAAGGCGGGGAGGCAUGUGUGGUCAUCAAGGCGCUGGAUGCCUGCCGAUCCAGCCACGCAGCAGCAGCAGCCAAUGAGGCCGCCGCACUCCGCCGCGUCGCGGCAGUCCUUACCAGGAACCCAAGCAUACCCACAAUUACGCCCGAAGCAGCAGGAGCAGCUGCAGCUGCAGUGCCAGCCGAAACAGCUGUCGGCAAGGCGACCGGCAGGGGCACCCCUGCUGCUGCUGCGGCUGCAUGGGGCGGCGGGCGCUGGUGUGUCCGAAGCGAGCUGCUUGCGGAGGAGGAGGAGCAGCAAC